AAUUCAGUCAUGCUACCAGGAUCAGCCUCAGGGGCCAGUCCCACCCUUAGGGGCUUACUUUUUUGCCAUAACAUAUAGAACCAGUUCAGAUCACCAUCCUAUAAGCAAAUAUACAAUAUUCAAGAGAUGACUACCUUCAUGCUACUAGGAUUGAACCUGAGGACCUGCCUCACCCCUUGGAAUGAUUUGACAAGCUCAGAGUUUUAUACUUUGGUGACAGAUUUGAUUACAAAGGUGCUUCACAGUGAAGGGGAUGACAAGGAUACCAAAAUUCCACGCUCCGAGGUGAUCUGUUAUGGAUUGGGGAACUUCUCAGAAUGCAUUAUAGCAAGAUACCAACUGUGUCUUCUAAUGGCUUUGAGGGAACAUCUCAAGAUUGUUGCCAGUGACUGCCACCUGUAUGACCCGAAGUUCAGGGCUGGGGAAAUUGACAUCCUUUCAGAGAUGGGUUUCCGUGUGAUUGACAAGAAUGAGGAGGGUAAGAGGCCCUGUGCUGUGGACACUAAGACUCUGUUUUACAUGCCCCACUGUGGAAAGAGUCUGUGCAACAAUCUGCUCUGGGCUAACUGGGACAGACAGCGCUUGGCAAACAUGGUUGUCAUUGGCAACAGUUUUAGCAGCAUCCUUGACAAUACUCCAGGCAGACUUCUGGAGGAGACUGGUGGCUACAUUCAACGACUGCACCCCUACUGUACUGAGGUGCCCCUACCUACAACCUUCAAGUUCACAGACAUUUUCAACGAUACCUCCAUUCACAGUUUCCCUGCCAACAAACUCCAAAAUGCUCCUGAGGAAUUGUGGGAUAGCCCAUCAGAGCCUCACUAUGAGGAUGAUGAUGUGGAGUUCAUAUCCAAUAAACUACCUACAUAGUA